CCCACCCCUCAGUCCUGCUCUGACGCAGAGGGAGUUGCAAGGCUGAAUGAAACUUGUUUGAGGUUCCAAUUAAAUCUCCAUGGAAGAGGAACACUCAUAUCCUCUUGUGAUAAAAGGUAACCAUAAAUCCUCUGGGAGCAGCGCCUGCCGACCACACCACCUCCCGCAGCAGCAGCUGCCUCCUCGCACCGAGAUGAGCUCCAGGCUCAUAGGAGAUCUCCAGCCCUGAAGAGCAGGGACCAGCGGGACCCGUGCUGCGAGCUCCAGGUUCUCGGCCAUGUCUCCGGAUGCUGAACGCCUGCCUUGGCGCUGGCUGGCAGCAGGCAGGGCAUCGCGCAGGCUGGUGCUGGUGGUGGUGUUCGUCGCAUUGCUGCUGGACAACAUGCUGCUGACAGUCGUGGUACCGAUCGUCCCCACCUUCCUUUAUACAACAGAAUAUGAAGGCACCAACAGCUCUGUUGCCCCAGCCUGGACUGAGCUGGCCCCUUCAGGCUUGAAGGCUCCUCCUUUCUCCUCCAUGUUCUCCUAUUUUGACAACACCACAGUGACCGUUUUGGGCUCCACAAGUGCCAUAGGCUUGGCAAGCGGGAUGGGGAGCAGCUCCCUGCCACAGCCCCACACCAGCAACCCAACCCUGCCGAGCAGCUGCCCGGAGGGCAAGGAGUUCCUUGCCAAGGAAAAUGUCCGUGUGGGGCUCCUGUUUGCCUCCAAGGCUCUCGUACAGCUGAUGGUCAACCCUUCCGUGGGUCUCCUGACGAACAGGAUAGGAUACCACAUCCCCAUGUUCAUGGGAUUCAUCAUCAUGUUCAUCUCCACAGUCAUGUUUGCUUUCUCAGGCACCUACACCCUGCUUUUCAUCGCCCGAGCCCUCCAAGGCAUUGGGUCAUCAUUCUCAUCUGUCGCAGGCUUGGGCAUGCUGGCCAGUGUGUACACAGAUGACUUCGAGAGGGGCAACGCAAUGGGGAUCGCUCUUGGAGGCUUGGCCUUGGGUGUGCUGAUUGGAGCCCCCUUUGGAAGCGUGAUGUACGAAUUCGUGGGGAAAUCAUCUCCCUUCCUGGUCCUGGCCUUCCUAGCGCUCUUGGACGGAGCUUUGCAGCUCUGCAUCCUGCAGCCCUCUAAGAUCUCCCCCGAGAGCACCAAGGGCACACCAGUGUUUACCUUGCUGCGAGACCCCUUCAUCCUGAUUGCUGCAGGAGCCCUCUGCUUCUCCAACAUGGGGGUAGCCAUGCUCGAGCCCACCUUACCCAUCUGGAUGAUGCAAACCAUGUGCUCUCCGAAAUGGCAGCUGGGGAUGGCGUUCCUCCCUGCAAGUAUUUCCUACCUGAUCGGCACCAAUCUCUUUGGGAUUCUGGCCAACAAAAUGGGUCGGUGGCUGUGCUCCCUGAUUGGCAUGGUCGUGGUGGGAAUCAGUCUCCUCUGCGUACCCCUGGCCAAAAAUAUUUAUGGGCUGAUUGGCCCCAACAGUGGGCUUGGCUUCGCCAUAGGAAUGGUGGACUCCUCAAUGAUGCCUAUCAUGGGUUACCUGGUGGACCUUCGCCACACCUCCGUCUACGGCAACGUCUAUGCCAUUGCUGACGUCGCUUUCUGCAUGGGCUUUGCAAUAGGCCCAUCAAUGGGCGGUGCGAUUGUACGAGCUAUCGGGUUUCCCUGGCUGAUGAUCAUCAUUGGAGUCAUCAACAUUUCUUAUGCUCCUCUCUGUUGGUAUCUGCGUAACCCUCCCGCUAAAGAGGAGAAGACUGCAAUCCUAAACCAGGAAUACUCCAUGCAAACCAAAAGCUACACCACUCCAAAAACCCUGCGCGAUUUCCCGCUCACAGACAACAGUGAUGUGGAGGUAGAAAAUGCAGAAUAGCAAGAUUAAGGACACGUGCUCUUUUUCGAAGCUGCAGUAUGUGUACACAACAUGGAUGUAUUAGCUCCCAAGAAUAAUCCAGCCUCCCCCAAGACUUACGGACACAGAAUGGACAGAGGACCACUCUCUCAGCUGUGCAAUGCACAGCACGGGGUAGAGACACAGGAUUUGCAGGCUCUAGCUGUUCAGUUAAGCCUUUCAGGUGCUGUGUGACUUCCAGGCAAGGUACCCAAACUCACUACACCUCAUCUGCCAAAAAAAGAGAUUAGGAGAACUGUACCAUCCUGCCUUGCAGAACAAGAGUGUCUCAGGCACAGCCUGCCCAUGCAGUAAGGAACCACAUCAACAUCUCUCCCAGACCCAGUGGUAUUUGUUAGAGGUCCAAAGUGAUUAUGAAUCAGUGAAAAUUCCUGUGAUCCCAUUUUUCCGAAUGAAACGUCAAAUGUACAACUUCUCUGUUUGCAUAAACUCGUUUCUGUCUCGAGCAAGCAGUUGUGUAAUGCGCAGCUGUCUCUCUUGCCAGACAGAACAGAUGAUUCCCUGCUCCACAGCCUGAGACACACAAUGCAGAUGUACUCACCAGCAGGGAAACAGGAGGAUAAUAAUAAUCCAUCAAGAUUUGGUACCUGAUGACUCAUUAUGGGCACAAAAUGGCUCUCGUCAAGCAAGCCCACACCCACGGUGGGGCCCUCGCCCCUCUCUCUGCACUUACAAGAUGAAAUUGUGUCUCUUAGUCUGGCUGGAAGUGACUAAUGCACAGCCUGUUCUCAAACCCGUGUUAUUUUUAUCUCCCACCUGUUUCCCUGUAUUGCCAAGAAUAAAAGGAAAAACGUGCUUGCUUUCUGUGAUAGAAGGAAAAAAAAUCAAGUCAUUCCAUUUUGGGAUCUAGCCACACCACCACAGGUAAAUAUUAACUCCAAUGCUCUCUGCGUGCCCAGCAGCAGGUUUCUCCAGAAACUCGGUCCCCGAGAGCAUCGGGAAGGUAGAGGAGCCUUCGGAUCCUGCAAGAGGGCUCCUCACUAUCCAGCCCUCAGCUGUUCCAUCAGCAACACUACUCACUCUUCCCUCCAGCCCUGGCAGCUCAGACUAAUUAUUAGCUGCAGUGCCAAUGACAUUGAUGGAGCUUCUCUGCUCUAAGCGAACAAUUAGGAUAUAAUCUUUGCAUCAAACAACUCCAUUUUUUUAUCCACCCUGCUGAAAAAAAGAGUUAAUCUAAUUCUUUAGUGCAUUAGCAGCAAUGUA